AUGGGUAUAGAAACAAAGUACCUAGUUGGACAGGGGUAUGAUGGAGCAGCCUCUAUGUCUGGAAUAUUCAAUGGUACUCAAGCUCAUAUACGAACAAAACACCCUAUGGCAUUAUAUAUACACUGCAGUUCUCAUUGCUUAAAUUUGGCUAUCUCUUUUUCUUGUAAAAUCCCUGAUAUUAGGAAUUGUAUGGGAACUAUGCAAACAGUAUGCAAUUUUUUCUCAUACCCUAAGAGAUCAAAUGUACUUUUAGGUACUAUUACAAAGCUUUUACCAGAUGAAAAAUCAUUUAAACUGAAAAAGUUUUGCCCAACAAGAUGGGUUGAACGUCAUGACGCUGUCAUACUGUACUAUGAAUUACAACCUGCAAUAAUUUCUGCUCUAGAAGACAUUUCUUUGUGGAAAGAUACAGAUACUUCAUCAGCGGCAAAUCAACUUUUAGCAUCAAUACACCAAUUUAAAUUCCAAAUAUCAAUGAUGAUUCUUGUUAAACUGUUUUCAAUAUCAGUGUCACUCAGCAAAUUUUUACAAACAGAAAAUGUGGAUCUAGAAAAUGCCCUUUCUUUUGCUGAAAACACACAAGCUACAUUAAAAGAUAUUCGUUUAAAUGCUGAUAAAGAAUUCAAUGAAUUGUUUAAGUCAAUUGAAAAAAUUUGUAGCACAUUGGAAAUUGCUGUUUGUGUUCCUAGAAUAUCUUGUCGGCAAACACACAGAAAUAAUGUAGACGUUGACACCCCGGAAAGUUAUUACCGAGUAGCAGUAUUCAUCCCCUUUCUCGAUAAUUUUAUAGAGCAAUUACAUAAUCGGUUUUUGGAACAUCGGUCCAUAUUAAUGAGUUUUGAUUGUUUAAUACCAAAGCCUAACUGUAAAGUUACCAAAGACAUUGAAGACCAAUUUAAGUUACUGCUAGAAACAUAUAAAGAUAUCUUGAAUGAUGAUAUAUUAAAUGAAUAUUCAUGCUGUGCUGAAUUAAAAUUAUGGCAUAAUAGCUUUGAAUAUCAGGCACAAUGUUCUCAACAGUCUAAAAUAACUGUAACAGAUUUAUUCUUCCAGUGUAAUUCAGAAAUGUAUACAAUUAUUUCAAAGUUGCUUCAAAUUUUCAUUACUUUACCAGUUACAACUGCAUCAGGUGAACGUUCAUUUUCUACUUUACGACGCAUUAAAACGUAUUUAAGGAAUACUACUGGACAAAACCGACUUAAUGGUUUAUCAAUGUUAAACAUUCACAGGGACAUAAUAAUAACACCCGAGGAGAUAGUCAAUGAGAUGGGAAAAACAUCAAACAAGAGAUUGGCUUUACAUUUAUAA